AUGGCGCACCGCAUCACCAGAACAAGCGUCCGUGUUCUUCCUCGGCAUCGAUGUCAGCUGUGCUUAUCUUUGGCCAGUGUAUUCGGCUCCAGUUCCCGGUGCUGCGAACUACGUCACGCAGGCUCGCUGGGGCACGCUGGGCGACGCGCGAGCUUGCCGCGAAAGCCGCCAAGCCCGCCUAGAAGCAUAUGUCCGAAAUGGCUGGGCCACAUAUUGGGGAACAGCUGGAAAGCAGCACAUUGUUUUCGACCAGUUGUGCUACCAUCCCUUGUCAGAGCUGGUGCAUGCGCACCAUGGGGUGACUUUAGCAGGAGUGGGCCAGCUGAAAGGAAGACCAUAUGGGUACAGAAGUGGCAUCGACAUUUCAUGGCCUGA